AUGUUUCGGAGAUUCAGCCCUGGGGAGGGCAUCACCAGCGUCACCCGGCGUCAGUCACCAUCACCAACCAUCACCAACCAUUACCCAUCACCAACCGGUUAUUACCAACCAUCAGCGCCAUCACCAGCCAUCACCGACAUCACCGCCAUCACCGCCAUCACCGCCAUCACCGCCAUCACCGCCAUCACCGCCAUCACCGCCAUCACCGCCAUCACCGCCAUCACCGCCAUCACCGCCAUCACCGCCAUCUGCUGA